GUAAUACCAUGAUUUUCAGAAAAAUGUCCAGUAAAAGUUUUAACUCCAGACGAGCAACUAAUAUGUUGUACUAUUGGAGAAACAAGAAAAAAAAGUUAUGUCUGAAACAAUCACUAUUAGCAGACCAGUCAAGAUCAACAACAGAUAGAAUGGCAGAGAUUAUUAAAGAAGAAUUAAAUAUAGAAAAGUUUGAGAUAAAAGAAGAGAUUGUUUCCUUCAAGGAAGAAAUCCUUCCCUUCUCUACUUUAGAGGCUAAAUUUACUGUUAAUCUACAUAAAGAUGAUAUAAAGAUAGAAAAUACAAGAAUACAAGGAUUGCUUACUGAAGAAAAGAGACCGUUGCGACGGGUUCCUAACUUAAGGUACGAUUCUCAAGAGCAGCAUGAGAGUUCUGCCUCUGAUUCUGAUAAUGGAGUUGGAUCUGAUUCUGAUAAUGGAGUUGGAUCUGAUUCUGACUCAGAAAACACUGUACUCGACGGACCACCAAAGUUUACCCAAGAAACUAUGCAAGAUUCUCCCAAGCGUCCAAGAAUGAAUAUAGAAACCCCGAAAUCAACCAACUGCAGCAGUGAAAAAAGACUGGACAGAUAUGAGGUUACCCCAGAGAAAACCCCGGAUAGAAUUGUGAAAACGCCUUUCCGUUCCCAGGAAAAAAGGUUUAAACAAGAAACAAUUGAGGAAGAUUCCCAGGUUACCAAUGCAAUAAUCCUGAGAGAGAUUAUUAAAACUCAAGAUUACCUCAAGAGAGUUGAAGAACGUAUUAAAGGAGUUGAAGAACGUAUUAACAGAGUUGAAAAUCGUACGUCAAUUGGAAAUGACUUUUCAUCUUUUACUGAAAGGUUUGGAUUUCAACCUGCAUCCACGAUAGAGGAGCUAAUGACGUUUGAAAAGGAACUUGAUGAUUCGCAAUUCUAUGCUAAAGUGUUGAAUGUUGUAAACAAGCCCAGGAAAUUUGCAGUAGGAGAAACUACAAGACAUAUUUUAAGACUAAUUGCAGAUGAUCGUAUCUGGGCACUGUUCAACCUUAAAGGUACUACAACAGGAAAGUUUGCAUAUGGAAGUCUGUGCAAUGUGGAUAAACUGAUUCAAGAUACUGUACUGGCUCACCAUGGGAAUGAACUUGGCAAUGCCAAAUUACAGCAUUCUGCUACUUUGAACUUCUUUAAGAAUAAAAGCACAGCCUUGAAGAAAUCUGACUUUCCUCCUUCUCCCGUUAGUCAGAGAUUAGUAACUCUAGAUGAUGUUGGCGUGAAUGAACUAAAUACUGAGAGAAGAAUUGCUUCAGGAUCUCAAGACUUUGCUAAUUUUAACACAGAAUAAAUACCUUCAAUGUCACAUCCUACAGUUGCAUUCGAAAAUAUGUGAGUGGGGGACAAGCCGACAAAGGGGACAGAGAUCCCCCCCCCCCCUCCUCGCAAAUAUUGAUGUUCUAAAUUGAAAUUUUAUCAAAGUUUACUGUAUACAGCACUCCCUUCCUUGUAUUCUAGAUGACUAUAUCCCACAUAAUUCUCCAAUUCAUGCUUUAUCAACUCGUAGAU